GAAAAGAGGCGAGCAAACAAGGAAAAAAAACUACCAAAAACAGAGAGGAAGGACGGGGCCAGGAGCCAUUUCUUCUUCCUCCUCCUCGUCGCCUCCGCUUUUCCCAACCCACCGCCGGCUCGCCCUCUCUCUCUCUCCCACCCAAAAUCCGUCGAGAAAUCCGCCGCCGAGGCGCCCGAUCCCUCCCCGACGCAUGGAGAUCGGGCCCCAUCGCCGCCUCUCCCGCCCCUCAUUUGGGGUAUCUCGGAUUUGGCAGGUCUGAGUAGCCUCGCGGCUCGUGCGGGCUUGCUCUCUUUGCUGAUUCGGUCAGGCAGGGGAGGGGGGGGGGGGGGUUGGUUUCGUGGGAGCGAUGGGUUUGCUGUUCGUGGAGUCGCUCCCGGGGCCGAAGGUGUUCAAGUGCAAGUUCUGCGGGGUGGACUCGGCGUCGCCGGACGCCAUCGUGUCCAAGGAGUUCCGCGGCCGCCACGGCCGGGCAUAUCUCUUCGACAGCGUGGUGAACGUGAGCCUUGGUCCCAGGGAGGAUCGCCUUCUCAUGACUGGAUUGCACACAGUGAAUGAUAUCUAUUGUAGCUGCUGCCAACGACUCCUUGGCUGGAGAUACGAGAAAGCUUAUAGUGAGGACCAGAAGUACAAAGAAGGAAAAUAUAUAUUAGAGAAGCACAUGAUGCUGAAAGAAGGAUGGUAACUGGAAAACUGCUGAACUACUAAGACUGCAAAUGCAGUCAUUUGAAACCAUGUAAAAUAUUGCUGAAUAUUGGCAGUCAAUUCUCCCUAAAAAUUGAUUAUCUGGCGAGGACCAUCGUCAUGAAAUUGCAUUUAUCAAUAUAAUGUCGUGAAAUCUAUUGUGUGUUCA